CGCUCAUAGCUGCUGGCACGCGUUUCGCGAAGGAUUUGCGCCCUUGCGGCGGGGUUCAACGGGACAUUCAUUCCGGUUGAUCAUCGUUAUCGUUGUUAUCAAAACGUUGGUUCGGCACCAGACCCCAUAAAUUUUGUAAAUCAUGUUAUGCAAUCAACCCAAAACGAUCUCGAGCUGAAGCCCGUCGCAAACAUGCUGGACGUGUACCGCUCGGACUCGCAAAAGUCCGAUUCGUCGCAGAGGCCCAGAGUGUCGUUCAACCGGGACGUGCGGAUCAAGAAAAUCGGCAACUCGGACGCAGCAAGUAUUGUGGAAGCUUUAGCUGGGGAUGGUGAAGGUCAUUUAGUACCCACGCCAGUUCGCAGAGAAAAGAUCAAAGCAUCUAAACGUGAACUAGCGUUGGAAGCAGACCGUGUGCUAAAACAGGCGGACAGCGUGGCCUCGCUGCAUUCGGAUAUACCGCCGAAAAGACAGCCGAGGAGUAAACCAGUCGAUGGGGAACCCAACCAGUCCCUUCAACGGAAGUCAAGUUUUGGAGGGACGGAUUCAAAAAAAUGGAAUUCAGAAGGUCCACCGCCACCUCGUUCGCCGACAAACCCGCCAAAAAGCGUUCCAGGCUGGACAAGUUCAAAAUGCUGUUCACAGGAGGCGGCGGCGACGGCGGCGGCUCGUCCGCGUCCAAAGAGAACAAACGGCCGUCGCCAGCGGCCAAGGCGCAGUACAACUCGUCCGACCCCGAGUCGUACACGUCCUCGCUACGCAAACGGUACAACGUGUUCACCGGAUCCGACAACAAUAAGCACGGGAAUCGCACGGCGUCCGGAAACCGAAGGAUGUCGUCGCCGAUCAAACCCCCGAAAACGACCGGAAACAACGCGUGGUUCAAGUCGUUGGACAGAUUCGGCAAGAAGAACAACAGCAAUAACAAGAGAUCGAAGACGUUCACGUCCGGGAGCGAGAACGACGACGAGAUCAGGGUGCACAGGGUGAACGAUCGAACCAACCCGUCGAGGGGAACGGGCACCCGGUCGUACCACAGCGUGGGGAACCUUAACUCACUGGACAUGGACCAAUCGCCCAGGCUGAUGGCCAACAAGCGGCACUCACUGAUCGACAGCUCCGCGGGCAGCACGACCGAGGGCGACAGCAGUCAGAAAUCCCACAAGUCCACCGUCUAUCUCCACGCUACGACGGUCGGAGAGAUCCCGGAAUCGCGGCAGCUGCAUCAGUCCGUGUUCGGGGCGAAGAGCAGACGGGCGGCGAGCCGCGAAGAGCUGUCGUCGCAGAACGACGCGUUCGGCGGCGCGCACAAGCGCACGUUGUCGCGGUCCGUGUCGGUGCUGGCGCCGUGGGCGCCGCGGCCCGGCGAGGGCCGGACCGUGGACUACGAUGAACGCGGCCGGCCGCCCAGGGCGCCGUCGAACGCGAAGGGCACGAAGCACGCGGCCGUCAAGGCGACCAGGAGCGAUCCGGAGGAGUCGGCGGCCGGCGCGGGCAGACGACCGUCGCCGGCCGCGGGCCGUAAGAACCGCGGCGGCCAGCUAAACCGAGGCAGCUCGGGCGAGGAGUCAUCGCUGUUGGACGAGGUGAUCAUCCGGACCACCAGCCGCACCGGCAAACUGAUCAAGGACGACCGUUCCACGUCCCGGCAGAUCGGACGAUCCAUGUCGUCGGCCAACAGACCGACGGGCGGCACGUUGACGCGGGUCAGGACGAAAUCGUAAUCGCACAACCCUCCCCCCGUUGCCAUCAACCCUGGUAACACGCGCGACAUAGAAGAUGUGUUCUCGGGAUAAUAAUAACAACAAUAACAACAAUAAUACGUAACGGCUCGCUCUCACGCGUACAGCAACACUUCGCAUUAAGUUCCGCCUCCGCUCGUUUAAAGAUAACGUCCCCAACACCCACAUUCAAUUGAUUACGAUCAACGCGGAAACUAAAAAAAAAAAAA